GUUCGAAAUUUGAACCCAGUGACGUUUCAAUGCUAACGAUACCUCGAACCGCACAGCUAUACCCUUCAGAUCCGAAUAUUACACUGCUAUAUCAACUUAAUUUGAAGUCCUUGAGGCUUUCUUCUUGUUGCUCGCUGAACUUAUGGAGCUAUGCCGUCUACCCUGUCCCAAGCCCUCAUAGACACACUGCAGCCACUCUUCUCCGGCUUGAGACUGGCUCUUGAGCAGAACCCCACAUACCUCUCGGCAUUCUUGCCUUUACUACACCCCGAGGACAUAUCCGGGCAUUACGAUCCUACUAGAGAUCUCGGGCAUUUCUCAGAAGCAGACAUGCAUUCGCUGCUAACACGUCUACGCAAGAUAUUCCCCGCAGUCGAUGUAUCCACUUUAUGUAAGUGGCGUGACGGGAAGGAGGUGUACAAGUUUGAUGUCCCCGAUUUCUUCGAGCUGCAUGGCCGACUGGCUUCUGCACUCAGCAUGCGACAGACGGAUAACAAUCGUCACCACCUUCAUUUCAUAAUCAUUGUCAUCCUCUUGCAUUUCUUGGGGCACGCUGUCCUUGGUCAUGUCCAAAGGGAUUAUCCCUAUAUCAACAUAUGCGAUGACUUUCCAUAUCAUGAUUGUUUAUCUCGUUCUUUGAGAAAAGCGAUCCCGGAACCUGGAUACUUGGUUGAGGAAGCCUUGUUUGGUGGUAUCAUUGGUAUAGUUUUUCGAGAAGAGAGAGAUGAGGGACGUCCGCCACGAUUCCUACAGUCUGAUUUGACCAGAAUCGACUAUUUGUUCCUUCACCAUCGUAACGGAUCCACUUACGAAUUAGAUCCUGCAGACCUUCGCGAUCGUAUCACCAACUGGCGUUUAACGCCAUUUGAUAUAUCAUCCUUGCGCAAGAUCUCACUGCCUCGGAGAAUCAGGGAAAGAACUUGCGCAUUCUACAAUGGAGACCAUCUUGGAGUCACAUUUCCCGGUGAUGGUGGUGAGGUACUACAUACCUGAGGGUGUGUAUAUCGCCCCUGCAUGCACUGGAGAGAAGCGCAUUGCCAUAGCGUCGGGUCGCGCUUUUUCUGAGCGGGUUUGACUUAAUAUCUCACACGCUACUUAAACACGGGUCUAUGAAGGGAACGAGGGAACGAGGGAUGACUGUGACUACCGUCAUGCUUCUUCAACUGAAGUUUGUCGGAUUGUUGGUGGUGUAGGAUUCCUUUCAAGUAUUAUACAUGGAGCAGGAAUGUACUCCCACUCAGACUCUCAUACCGACAAAGUACCAAAAUGUUAUACGGAUGACUCG